UGGCAUUAUAUGAAAUCGUUGAAGAACAAGUAGAGAAUGGAGUAAUAAAAUAUAUAGAUGACAAAUAUAAGUCUCCAUUAACGCCUGAAUUAGAACAAGAGAUUUUUGCAUCAUUAGAUUUUGAAUUUCUUCAAAGGCAAUUUUUGGAAAUGGAAAAUGAAAUGACAAAAAUUCCUGCAGAAGAUUUUGUAUCGGCAUUAAAGAGGUUUAUGCUAAGAUUCUUAUCGGUAGAUUCGAAUAAAGAUAAUGAACCAUUAUCAUUAUAUUUUGGAGAUCCAUCAUUGAACUUGUGGGCUUCUUGGAUUAGUGAAGAAUUAGUUGACAAUUGUUUUCCGGAAAGUCUAUUGGUUAAACACACCUUUGAAGCUUUCAUGCUUGUUUCUGCUCGGGUUGAGACAAUUAAAAAACAAAUGCCUUCUGUAACAAAAACGGUAGCAAUUGCCAGUCCACCAAUAACAAAAGUUGUUACUACUAAAAAAGCACCUAAAACCAAAGCAAAAUCCACUAGUACUUUAUUUGCAACUAGAAAAUCAAGGUCUAAUAUUUCAAGUUCUAAUGAAACAAAGAAUUUAGGAGCAGCAACUUCAAAAACGCAAUUAACAAAGACAUCUACUUCUCAAAAGAAAGUUAUUGUAAAAAAGGGAUAG